GCCAUUGGAACAUACAGAGGUGAGAGUAGCUUCCCGUGCCACCUGUAUGUUGCGAGAAAACAAAGUUUUAAAACAGGAUGAUGGCAGAAGAACCCAUGGAAACGUCGGAAGAAGAAAGAGCAGAAUUGUUUCGUUAUCUUCAGGGAGAGGUUACAUUUGAGCAAUAUCAAGCGUGGAAGGAACUGAACAGAAACACUCAGGGACUUGUUAUUAAGCGACAUCGACAUGACUCCGACAGGCUUUUUUCUGUUGAUGGAUCUGUCGGGGAUAAUGCAGGGCCAAAUACAUUGUCAGUCUCACAAGUCUGGAACUAUUUGGAGUCCAAUGAAAAGGGGGAGGAUUCAGGUUCUGAAACUGAAAAUGGCUGCACUGACUCACUGUCUGUCCUUGACCUUCCCACAACAAGCAGCAGAGCAGCUGCACUCUCCAACAUUCAAGCAAAUGCAUCUGAUGUUACAUCUGCUCUUAAUGUUCGACCAGAAAUUCUGGCUGAGUACUUAACAGGUAAAAUUGACUUCACUGAGUUUUGCAAGUACAUGAAUGAAGCAAAGGAAGAAACUGAAAACAGGAGAUUAAGGAGGAGAAAGAGAAAGGUUGUAGAAUUAGAGGAAGAAUAUGAUGAAGAUGAUGAGGAAGAUGCUGAGGAAGAAGAUAAAGAUGACGAUGAGACAUGGGAACCUGAUAAAGGCGAUUCCUGCACAGAAAAAGAACCAAAGAAGAGAAAACCAAGAAAACCUCGGCGGAGAAUGAAUGAAUUACCCAAGCACUUGCAAGGUCUUAUGGGAGAAGCCAACCUUAAAUUUGCAAGGGGAGAGCAUCAGGAAGCAAUUAAAAUGUGCAUGGAGAUAAUCCGGAUGGCUCCACAAGCCUUCUUGCCUUUCCACACAAUAGGCAUGAUCUAUGAAGACCUAGGCGAUAUUACCAAAGCGACUGAGUUUUUUCUUCUGUCGGUACACCUAAGAGCGGAUGAUUCGGAUGAGUGGAUGAGAGUAGCAGACAUGCUGUUGGAUCAGAACGAAACCAAAAAGGCCAUUCAUUGCUACAACCAGGCUAUCAGGUGUGCCACAAGCAACAAAAUUGAGCUGAUGAUGCAGCGUUGUAGUCUAUAUGAGCAGCUUGGUGAGAGGAACAAGGCGCUGCAGGGUUACACCCAGAUAUUGCGCAUCAUGAGUCAGGAGUCAAACAUGGAUGACAAGUACCUGACCUUGGCUCGCAACCUUUGCAAGACGUAUCAUGAAGAAAAAAAGACAAAGGAAGCUAUCCAGAUUUUGAAAUCCAUGUUUCUUAACCGGCCUUCACUUGUGAAUGCAGAAGAUGUCAACAUGCUGUUAGAGCUUCAUCUGUCUCUGAAGCAGUAUCAGACUUGUUUGGAGGAAAUGGUGAACUACUGUGGACUGGAGGCAGUGUUAAGCAGUGGAGAGCACUGGGCUCAGGGCAGCCCUCUUCAUCCAGAGGUCAACUUUAAAGAAGGCAAAAAUGCCAUAUGCAGCAUAAAGGUUCCAGAUAUUUUACCUGUGGAUCUAAGAGCAAAGUUGUGUGUCUGCCUCAUAAGUCUGGGAUUUAGCCAGCUUGCAAAGGAGCAUGUGGAGGUGCUGAUGCAAGAAAACGUAGAAGAAAUUGGUGACUUAUACUUCGAUGUUGCUGAAGCCUAUAUGGAAACUAGUCAAUGCCAGACAGCCCUUCCAAUACUGCAAGCUCUCAUUAAAUCAAAGUCUUUUAGUGAGGCUGGAGUGUGGCUUCGGUAUGCAGACUGCCUCAGUUCUCUUGGAAACUUGGAGCAAGCUGUGCAGGCCUUCAGUAAAGUGGUUGAGCUGGCUCCCAACCACUUGGAGGCCCGUGUUUCCCUCUCAGCCCUACAGCAGCAAAUUGGCAAACAUGAUGAGGCAAUCAGAGUGCUAACUACAGAUAGCAGUGAUGAAUCCGGGAACCAGACAGUUGUAGACCAGACCCUGCUGCUGCAUAAGUGCCACCUUCUGUUUUCUCAGGGCCAGUACCGUGAAUUUGUCAGCGCAAGUCGUAGACUUCUAUUUCAUCACAUUCAGGGAAAUCAUAACCAACAGUCCUUUAAAGAUGCUGUCCAUUGUCGUUCUAUUCGUCAUAGGCUGGGAUCAGUCAGGAAAUUUUUAAGUCAGGUUGACCAGACUGGUAACAAUGAUGCUAAGCAAGAGGAGAACAAGAUAAGUGAUGAUGAGUUGUGGAACCUGUACCUCAAGAUGUGCAAUGUUCUGCUGGAACUGGGAGACACAAAGCAACUGAUAGAAGUCACCACGCUUGGCCUAGUCUGUCCCAUCUUCUUGACUGAUGAAUCCAAAGCAAAGGAGACAGAAUUUAUGACUCUGCUUGUCUGUAUGCUGGACAAAGAUGCUUCUUUUGCCUACCGCAUCAUCAGGGACAUCUCUGUCAAGGAAAACAAUGCUCCAGCCUGGAACCUGUUUAUGCAGUGCAUGCAGUUCUCUACUGAUCUUCGGCAUCACAAGUUCUGUCUUCGCUACUUGUUCAGGCAUCCCGAUCAUGUUCCUGCAGGUUUGAUAAAUGGUCACAAUAGCCUGCAAAAUGGUACCUACAAACAUGCCCUGGGAGAGUAUGUAGCAGUUUUUCGACAAAUACCUACUGAUCCAAUGGUCAACUUACUCAUUGGUCUCUGCUAUGUGCACAUGUGCAGUCAGAAGUUUACUAUCCAUAAAAACUGGCUUCUCAUGCAGGGCAUUGCAUUUCUCAACAUCUAUCUUGAAUUGAGGGGAGAGUGUCAGGAAACCUACUACAACCUGGGUCGGGCCAUGCACCAACUGGGCCUAAAGUAUGCUGCAGUGUUUUACUAUAAAAAGGCUUUGGACCUGCCUCCAGUUGUGGACAAUGAUACUUUUGACCUGAAGUAUGAGGUGGCCCAUAACCUGUCGCUUCUGUAUCAGUCCAGUGGCUCACCUGAGUAUGCCCGCUACAUUCUCGAAAACUAUUGCGUCGUUUGACCGUGGUCAUGAUGUGCUUCCAAGUACACUUGGACAAUCAUUCUCAAUGUCUGUUUUUACUGUUUGUGCAUUACAAAACGAAAAUAUAAUUGCCCAUCACUUUA